UUGCCACUCAGUGCUCAGCUGAUUACCCAGGCACUUCCGCAGUAUCGCUCUCAGCAACAUCUCAUUCCUACGGAUCCCAUGCCAUUGCUCUCCGGUUCCUCUCAAUCUCAUGAAGGACUGAGUCGUUGGCCACGUUCCAUAUAUGAGAAUCAUGAACUUUUGACUGGUGGCAAUGCAGGAAGAGUUCAGUCUUUGAAGAAUGAAGAAGAACUUUGGAACUUGGUUUCUGAAUAA